AUGAAAUUAGAAUUGCAGUCAAAGAUUAGUGAAAAAAAAAUGAUUAAGUGUUUCAAUUAUUUAAAAAUAAACCAACAUAAGAAUGUUAAUUAUGUUCAUUUGACAAUACUAAAGGUAGUUAUAAUAUUUUAUGAAGAAGAAUACUAGUUUAUUUUACUUUCUCAUCCUGAUUUAGAAGACACGUAAUAAACAAAGAUUUUGGAUAAGUCUCCAUUUCUAAUUAAGUACGUCAUGUUAAAAGUAAUUAGUUACUGUCUGAUGAGCUUUUAAAAUAGAACAGAAGCACAUGACUUUAAUAGGGAAGAAUUAAUCAUAAAGGGGCACUAAAAACAAUCAAAAUUCUGUAAUUGAUUAUAGUUCAAGAAGACUUCUCUAUAAAUUGGAAAUAAAUGUAGAAAUUAAUAAUCUUUUGAAUAGACUUGUUUGUAAAUAUUGCCUCAGGAAUAGUUAAAAUGCUUCAAAUUAAAUGGUUUGCAAUUUAUGACUAAAGAAACAUUGUUAUAACAAUUCUGAAUUUAAAAGAAAAACUGUUUAACACACAACCGGAAUACAUUAUCAGGAUAUGUCUCUAUUUCAAGUAUAAGUAAAAGCGGAUUCUUAUUUCAAAGUAUUUUCAAAUUUAUAUUUAGAUUUUAUAAUUUGAUAUGA